AUGCUCCUCGAGAUUAUGACCAUGGCCGGAUAUCCUUCCAACUCAAAGCUCCUACACAUGGAGUUCUUCAGAGAAUCAGUUGCGCCAUUACUGGGUCAACACCCCCGCGGAGGUGGGCCACCCACAACCUGGAAGAGCUUCAUGACAGACGACCAUAGCCCAGUUGAGCUUAGCUGGUGCUGGUCUGCGAAGUCAGAGAUACCGACGGCACGGUAUUCUGUCGAGCCUAUUGGGAAAUUUGCUGGUCUCAGUUCCGAUCCUCUUAACACGGCCGCUAGCAUACGCUUGCUUGGGAACACGCUGCCGCUCUCCCCGGAGGUUGAUCUUUAUUUGCACCGACACUUUCAGCAGAUGUUUAUGUCUCAAAAUCUCCCUAGGUCAGACACACUAGAAGACGGCACCUUGGACGUUCCUCAGUCGCAGAGCUUCAUGGCAUUUGACCUUUUGGAAAGCACAAUGGUCGUUAAGCAGUAUUACCUCCCCACCCGUCGCGCAUUAGCCGAGGGCAUUUCAAAUGCGGAAAUUAUUGCACGGGCAAUUCAACGUCUACCAGAGCCGGCUAAUUCUCUUGGAGCGUCUUUGGAUGUCAUCGCCAACUUCCUUCAAUCGUUCCCUGUAGAGUCACGACCUGCGGUGGAAAUAAUGGCUAUUGACUGUCUAGAUCCUCCUCAAUCCCGACUUAAAAUAUAUGUGCGAUCUCGAGAGACCACGCUACAAGGUGUGAUAGAGAUGUUGACGUUAGGAGGGAAGACAUCUAUAUCUCAAGAGGAGGAACAAUCUCUCAGAGAGCUUUGGUAUCUUGUCUUCGGGCUGGACGCAACCGAGCACAAGGACAGCGAUGAUCUCCCAGACAAAGACCACCGAACGGCAGGUCUCCUCUAUUACUAUGAGUUAAAGAUGGGGGUAUCCGCUCCCAAGUCCAAAGUAUACCUCCCUGUGCGACAUUACAGCCAAAAUGACGAUCAAAUCGCCCGAGGCCUAACCACAUUCCUCGAGAAACGAGGCAAGAGAUUAAUGACUGGGUCUUACUAUGAUGGAGUGAAGAGACUAUGCCGUCAUAGGGAUCUUGGAAGCGGCUUAGGGUUUCAUACGUACAUUACUUGGGCUUCGGCAAAGAACAACUGGAAUGUAACUGCCUACUUUAACCCCGAGAUCAAUCAUGCCUGUCGAUCAAAAUCUCAAGAUUGAUCUGUUUGAUUUUUUUUCUACUAGGAUACAAUACAUCAGAUGAAAUGC